AUGGCUUCACGACAGGAGGCCGAGCUCAAGGAGCAGGGUGCCAUCGAGGCAGCCCGGGAUCCGAACACGUCCGUGUCGCCAGAAGACGCCGAGCAGAAGAUAAUGAAUGAGGCCAGGAAGGCCGGUGGGGAAGCCCUCGCUUUCGACCCCGAUGCCUCGCCGGAACAAAAGGCAAUGCAAGCGGGCGCGCAUGUUCCGGCCGGAUUUCACCACGAGCAUAAACCAAAGGUCACCGCCCUAGUGUCUGACGCCGACGAUGGUUCUUCCAGCAAGUACGACUUGCCUACCCCCACCAAAGAAGGCGCGAUUGUCCCUCCCACACCCACCAGCGUAACCAAAACCGCCCCCGAUGGCUCUGUCGCCGACCUCGACGAAGAUGACGAAAAGCAAUGGGAUAGAGUCGGCUGGGCCCCGCAGUUCGGAUUGCCCGGCGCAGGCGAGGAUGUGGACGAGGGCACAUUGCUGGACCACCAGACGUGGGUAGAAAGCAAUCUGGAUGAGAAGUUCUUCGGCGAUUGGUAUCACAAUGCCGGCGUCAUCGUCUUCGCCUGCUUAGGUUCCUACGUUGUCACUGUCCUUGGAGGCGGUUUGGCGUGGGUCUUCAUCGUCAUGGCCAUCUGCGGCACCUACUACCGCACCUCCAUCCGUCGCGUGCGGAGGAACUUCAGGGACGACGUGAACAGAGAAAUGGCAAAGACCAAGUUGGAGACGGACACCGAAAGCUUGGAGUGGAUCAACAGCUUCUUGGUCAAAUUCUGGCCCAUCUACGCGCCGGUUCUUUGCAAGACCAUUAUCAGCUCCGUUGAUCAGGUUCUCUCCACCGCUACCCCCGCAUUCCUUGACAGUCUCAGGAUGAAGCUCUUCGUUCUCGGCACCAAGCCUCCCCGCAUGGAGCAUGUCAAAACGUAUCCUAAGUCCCAGGAUGACAUUGUUCUUAUGGACUGGAAGUUCAGCUUCACACCCAACGAUGUCUCCGACCUUACGGCGCGCCAGAUCAAGAACAAGCAGAACCCCAAAGUCGUGCUUGAGGUCCGUAUUGGCAAAGGUAUGGUCAGUAAGGGCCUUGACGUCAUUGUCGAGGAUAUGGCCUUCUCUGGCUUGAUGAGGAUCAAGGUGAAGCUUCAAAUUCCGUUUCCUCACAUCGAGAAGGUGGAAAUUUCGUUCCUUGAGAGGCCUACUAUCGACUAUGUCUGCAAGCCUCUCGGUGGUGACACUUUCGGCUUCGAUAUCAACUUUAUUCCUGGUCUGGAAUCUUUCAUCAUGGAGCAGAUCCACGCCAACCUGGGCCCGAUGAUGUACGAGCCGAACGUCUUCCCCGUCGAAAUCGCAAAGAUGCUGGCCGGUAACCCGGUCGACCAGGCCAUUGGUGUGGUUCAGAUCACCUUCCACGGUGCGCAAGGCCUGAAGAACCCUGAUAAGUUCUCUGGAACUCCGGACCCUUACUGUUUGGUCACCGUCAACGGUCGCCAGGAGCUUGGUCGCACCAAGACGGUCCGCGAGAGCGCAAACCCCCGCUGGAACGAGACCAUCAGCAUCAUUGUUACUUCGUUGAAGGAUGCUCUUACGCUGCAAGUCUUUGACUUUAACGAUUACCGCAAGGACAAGGAACUUGGCACUGCCAGCUUCGCGCUCGAGCAGCUUGAGGAAAACGAAGAGUUUGAAAACCAGGCUCUUGAGGUCAUGGCUAAUGGCCGGCCUCGUGGUGUCAUCACCGCCGACAUUCGCUUCUUCCCCGUUCUCGAAGGCUUCAAGGGCGAAGACGGCACUGAGCAACCUCCUCCCGAGUCUCUUACUGGUAUCGCCAAAUUCACCGUUGAACAAGCCAAGGAGCUGGACUCGACCAAGAGCAUGAUUGGCCAGCUCAACCCCUACGCGGUCCUUCUCGUCAACGGAAAGGAGGCACACAUCUCCAAGAAGCUCAAGCGCACGAACAACCCCGUUUGGCCCGACGCCACCAAAGAAUUGCUCAUCACGGACAGGAAGAAGGCCAAGCUCGGUCUUGUUAUCAAGGACGACCGCGACCUUGCUGCCGAUCCCAUCAUUGGUACCUACCAGAUCAAGCUUGAUGACAUGCUCGACCUGAUGAGCAAGGGCCAGGACUGGUACAAUCUGGCUGGUGUCAAGACUGGACGUGCUAAAAUGACACUUCAGUGGAAGCCCGUCUCCCUGAAGGGUACUGGUAUGAGUGACGGCUACAUCAAGCCCGUCGGUGUCGUCCGCUUGCACUUCCAGAACGCUCGCAAUCUGCGCAACCUCGAAUCCCUUGGCAGGUCUGAUCCGUACGUCCGCGUGCUGCUCUCUGGUAUCGAAAAGGGACGCACCGUGACAUGGAAGAACAACCUGAACCCAGACUUCGAUGAGGUCGUCUAUGUUCCCGUCCACAGCAACCGCGAGAAGCUCCUGGUCGAGGUCAUGGACCAGGAGAGCGUGGGCAAGGAUCGGUCGCUCGGCCACAUCGAGAUUCCUGUUUCCGAGUACCUCCAGCAGGACGAGAACGGCGAGUACAAGGUCUACGAAGAAAAGUCAUCUCCCCGUAUUGAAGGCCUUCGCAUGGGUCCUCGCUCUCCCGCCAAGGGUACUCUUAGCUACACUUGCUCGUUCUACCCCACUCUCAAUGUCAUUGAUCCUGAUGAGGAGGAGGCCGAGAAGGAACGCAGCAGCAUGGACAGCAGGAGCCACAGGCCCAAGCUUAGCAAUGCUUCUGCUAUGUCGGCUAACUCGGCCUUGUCGGCCGGCGAUGCUGAGAAGAGCAAUCUGAGUGUCAAGGGCCACAAGCCCACUCUGAGCAAUGCUUCUGGUCUUUCGGCCAACUCAGCUGUGUCGGGAGGCAGCGAUCUGUUGACAGUGGAGAAGACGAGAGACCGUAGUGGCACCAUCUCGUCUCUUCGCAGUGACGGUACUAAUGGUUCUCUAGACAUGGCGAAGAAACUUGAUAUGGGCGAGAGAGAGCAGGAGCACGUCGAGGAAAAGCCUGAGGUGCCGAAGAUUAGACUCUCGGCAGAAGAGCUCCAGCAAUACGAAUCCGGUCUUCUCGUCUUCAAGGUCAUCGAGGGCGAAUUCUCAAGGACGGACAUCUACCUCGAGGUCCUCAUGGAUGACCAGCUGUUCCCUAACUACUUCAGCUCCAAGAUUCGGUCGAAACAUACCACGUUCAACGACACUGGUGACGCAAUGAUUCGCGAACUCGACUUCUCGAGAAUCACCCUUCGCCUGGUCGAGGAGCGGGACAAGAAGGGAGAUGGUGAUGAGGAUCAUGUCAUUGCCAAGCUGCAGGGCCCGACUCUCUCCACCCUCCGCCGAUGCUUGUACACUCCUACUGUGCUCACGCUUGAGGACAAGGAUGGUCACGAGAACAAGGUCAUCGUCUCGCUCAAGUACCUCCCGGUCAAGAUGCAACUGGAUGCCGCCGAAUCCUUCAACAACAGCGGUACUCUCCGCGUGGAUGUCCUCGACGCUGCCGAUCUCCCUGCCGCCGACCGCAACGGUUAUUCCGACCCCUACUGCAAGUUUGUGCUUAACGGCAAGGAAGUUCACAAGACGGACAAGCAGAAGAAGACUUUGCACCCGGCGUGGAAUGAGGUCUUCGAGGUCCAAGUGAGAAGCCGGACGGCGGCCCACUUCCAAGUCGACGUGUACGACUGGGACUUUGGCGACAAGGCCGAUCACCUUGGUUCUGCCAUCAUCAACCUCGACGUUCUCGAGCCCAUGCAACAACAAGAGGUGACUCUUGGACUCGAUGGCAAGAGCGGUGCUGUCCGCCUCAAGAUGAUGUUCAAGCCCAACUACGUCGUGCGUUCUCGCCAGGGCUCCUCAACUUUCCAUGGCACCUUUGCGGCGCCCGGCAAGGUCAUUGGCGCACCCGUCAAGGGUGUCGGCAAGGGCGCUGUCUUCGUCGGUGGAAACGUCAUCAAGGGCGCGACGUUUGUUGGUGGUGGUGUCGGCAAGGUGUUCGGUCUCGGACGCCGUAAGAGUCGCGGGCAGGGCGAGGAGGACUCCGAAGCCGACCGCGCCGCCACCGCUCCGGCUGCGAUCACGGAGAACGGCGACAACCAGAGUCGCCGCCCUAGCACCGCGCAGACGCCGCCGCAGAUCCACGUCGACCAGUUCCAGCGCGAGACGCCCGUCACGCCGCACAACCGCCAUGUGUCGGUGGGCGCGUCGAGCAUCGCGUCGGGCCAUAUAGGUGCAGGUGGUGGCGAGGCGGGCGUGGCCAGCAUCGCCAUCCUUUCGGCAGCGGGCUACCCGUCCUCGGCCAACGUGCGGGUGCACGUGGCGAUGUUCAACUCGCGGGGCCAGGCCAAGGAGAUCCACAAGACGAAGGAUAUUCGCUCGGCCAGCGGCGAGGUGGCGUUCGACCAGCACCGCGAGACGGUCAAGCAGCAGUGCACGGCGGACACGCAGUUCAAGCUGGUGGUCAAGGACCACAGCACUUUCGGCGCAGACGAGGAGCUGGGCGAGAGCAUGUUCUUCGUCGAGGACCAGGGCUCAGGCGGCAGCGAGAAGGCAGUGCGCGCAGGCGCGGGUACCGUCUUCUUGCGCACGAGCUUCACGUCUGCGGACGCGCUGAGCACGGUCAACAGCAGUCCGAAGAGCACGAGGGAGCGCAGGGGCCUGUUUGGCAGCAGUCGACACAGGAGCGUCACGCCUAGUGGGCAGUAA